UGGGUCAAGGUCCGUGGGGAAACUGGACACUGCUGGAACAAGAUACACUGUGCUGCAAUGCUGGCAGCUGCUCAGGCAGCCUGCACUGCUCCUCUUCUCUGGGCUCAGCUCCUGGGGACAGCACAUCGUGCCAUGGCCACCAGCCUGCUCCGCGUUCCCCCGCCGGAGGAGCUGCUGCGGCCCCUGGCCGUGCCGGAGAGGCUGCUGCUCGGGCCAGGGCCCAGCAAUGUGCCCCGCCGCAUCCAGGCUGCGGGCGCUCGGCAGCUCCUGGGCCACAUGCACCCUGAAGUGCUGCAGGUAAUGGAUGAGAUCAAGGCAGGUAUCCAGUACGCCUUCCAGACACAGAACCAGCUGACCCUGGCCAUCAGUGGCAGCGGCCACUGUGCCAUGGAGGCUGCCCUCUUCAACCUGCUCGAGCAAGGUGACACUGCACUGGUGGCCAUCAACGGCAUCUGGGGACAACGCGCCGCCGAUAUUGCCAGGAGGCUGGGAGCCAAUGUCUAUGAGCUGCUGAAGUCCCCGGGCAAGUAUUUCACUCUGCAAGACAUCGAGCAGGGCCUGGUGCAGCACAAACCUUUGGUGCUCUUCAUCACCCAUGGCGAGUCCUCCACGGGGGUGCUGCAGCCACUGGAGGGGCUGGGCAAGCUGUGCCACCGGUAUGGCUGCCUGCUGCUUGUGGACGCAGUGGCAUCGCUUGGGGGAGCCCCCAUCUUCAUGGACCAGCAGGAGAUCGAUGUCCUGUACUCGGGGUCCCAGAAAGUCCUCAACGCACCCCCUGGCAGUGCCCCCAUCUCAUUCAGUGAGCGAGCCAGGGAGAAACUGCUGAGGAGGAAGACGAAGUCCCCAUCCUUCUACCUGGACAUGGGCUGGUUGGCAAACUACUGGGGCUGUGACGGUGAGCCGCGGAGGUACCACCACACGGCACCCAUCAACAGCUUCUUCAGCUUGCGGGAAGGCUUGGCCAUGCUGGCAGAACUGGGUCUGGAGAGCUCGUGGGAGCGACACCAGACCAACUGCACCCAGCUGUGCCAGGGGGUGCUUGACAUGGGGCUGGAGCUCUUUGUGGAGGAGGAGAAGGCCAGACUUCCCACCAUCACCACUGUCAGGGUGCCUGAGGGCUACAACUGGAAGGACAUCACGGCCUUUCUGAUGGACAACCACGGCAUGGAGAUCGCUGGGGGCCUGGGCCCCACGGUGGGCAAGGUCCUGCGCAUCGGCCUCAUGGGCUGCAACUCAAGCAGUGCCAACGUGGAGCGAGUACUCCGAGCCCUGCAAGAUGCACUGAAGUGCUGCCAGCGCAGCAGGCUGUGAGCACCCCCGGCAGGGGGAGGCUGGGGAAGGUGGCCUGGCGCUGCCUGGCUGCAGGCAGCUGGCAGCAGAGGGUCCCCGCAGCACCCAGCAAGGCAAGGCACAGUGGAAAGAAGCUGCGAUAGCAGGGGCCGUGGAGGAGAGGGAUGUGCUCAGUAGAUUAAGACAUGUCUCGAAACUGCUUCUCCCAUUACUCCCCAAUGGCCUGGCCCCUCAGUUCUUCCCCUUGCCCUGGCCCCAGUGAUAGUAAAUCAUAGAAAAUUUGGGGAGGUAGAAAGAAAGGUAGGCUUGGCAAGCCCUGGGGAAAAUGUUAAAAGUAGGCCCUGGGAAAUGUUAGGCCUUGUGCUUGCUAAGAUCAUGUGAAACUGCACCUGUAUAGUCAGUAUAUGAUAAAUGAUAUAAUUGUUAGAUGGGAUUAGAUAGAAUUAUUGUUUAAAGAAUCAUGAGAAACUAUGUUAGGGGUUUGGGGGGAUCAUGAGAAAUCCGUGCUUGGGUAAAAUCAAUGCAUACAAUAGAACAAUGUAAGUUUAAUAAUUAAUAUGAAAGUUAUAUAACAAUAAAGUAUAAAAACACGUUCAACUCAAAACCAAGUCAGGUCAGAUUUGGGUCUGUGUACCCCUGACACCCAGAUCUCUUAAUAAAGCACCUUCAUAUAACCAUUCAGUGAUUAUGUGUUCCUGAAUGCUAACCCUCAUGGUGACC